AUGGAAGACACGGCGAUGAAUUCGGCAGAAGAAGCAGAAGUGACGGCCAUGAAAACCAUGAUCAAAGCGGCAACAGCACCACCCUUGCCCAUCAUGGCAACGGCAGCACUUGGGAGAACCAAACCAGCAGACACCUGCCAAUCCCAUGGUAGUAGAAACCAACCAUGGAACAGCAAACCAAGCGAGACCACCAAAAAUGUAACCUGGGAGAGCAGCAGCUGGACUGGAGGCAAUAGCCUUGUUCCAAUAUCCGUUAUCAAGGAAAACGGUACCGAAGUUACCGACAAUGUUGAUAACGAAGAAAAUACCUCCGGAACGAGAAUUCAUGGUGAGGUAAGAACCGUCGGCAUUUCCGUCAAUAGGGUUCUUCUCUCCUGCAGCCAUAACCAAAUCCCAGACUUUGCUUGGAGAUCCCAAAAGGUCACUGGUAGCGUAGGUAGUGAAGGCGAAGGUCAAGAUGAUGACAAUGAUGGCAAUGGUGUGUGCGUAAUCGGUCAGGAAAGUUGCCUUAAUACCACCAAACAAAGUGUAGACAACCACACCAACUGGGAGAAGAUAACAAGCAGCAACAGUAUUCAUACCAGUGAGAUCACUGAUGACGGCAGAGCCACCGGUUAG